CUGGUAAGGGUGGAAGGAUUGACAUUUGCAAAUGUAUCAAGUCUUGUCGGUGAUUUUUAUGGUUCAAGUGAGUUGCUUCAUUAAGAUGUGAUGCAAUAAUUCUAUCCUUACAUCACCUGGGGACAAAUGUGAUUCAUGUCUGCAAACAGUGUAAGCACUGCUGGUGAAUAGCACAAACAACCCACUCAUGCACAAGCACACUUGAGUGUAUCUGUGUGUAAACGCUGAUGAGAGAGAGCAUAGAUGAAGGAGAAGAAUCAGCCGUGGAUGGAGACAAGUUGCAUUUAUCUUGAUGCAGGGCUGCAGCGUGUGUGCUUUUGUGUUUGGAUGUCUGUGUGGGGGUGUGUGCGCUAGUCCCCUUGGAUGAGCACACGCGUCUGAGGAUGCAGCUGGGAGCAUGAGUUCUGACCAGGAGGAGUAUGACAUGGUCUGUCAGAAAGCUGUGACCCUAAUUGUUGACCUCUGCCUGCACAACAGCACCCUGUUGGAUCAGGAGACCUGUCAGGAUUUCCUCUUCGUCUUGACCAGCCAGGGCUUUGAUCACAAAGACGCAGACGCUACUUUUGGCCUUGUGCUCGCUGUGUUUCUUGUUUGCGGCCUCGCUCUGCUGGGCCUACUCACAUUAGUCUCCUGGAAGCUCUGCUGGGUGCCUUGGCGGAGCAAGGCCCAGUUCCCAAGCCCAUCUCUCAGCCCGGCCUGUGGCCCGCAGCACUACCCGCUCCAGCCAUCCCUCCCUCUGCCCAGUCCCCAGCAGCAAGCGAUCACCAUGGCGACAGAGAAGGUGAAAGACCCUGUGGGUUCGAUGGGCUUCCUGGAGGCGGCCGUGAAGAUAAGCCAUACUUCCCCCGACAUCCCCGCCGAUGUGCAGCUCUCCAUGAGGGAGCACUUCCUGCGCCGCACACAGCGCAUGCAGAGGCAAACCACUGAGCCGGCCUCCUCCACACGGCACAACUCGUUCAAAAGACACCUCCCCAGGCAGAUGCAAGUGGGCAGCUUAGAUCUGGGAAACGACUACAUGGUGGAUAGGGAAGAAAAGCCAACCAGCCUGGGUCGCAUCCAACCAGAGCUGUACCAGCAGAAGGCCUCUGAGUCAGAGGAAUCGUCCAAGAAUGACGGCAAAAAAAACUGUGGCAGGAUUAACUUCUCGCUUAAGUACGACUACGAAAAUGAGGCGUUGCUUGUCAAUAUUCUCAGGGCCGUUGACCUACCUGCCAAGGACUUGUGUGGCACGUCUGACCCUUAUGUGAAAGUCUACCUGCUGCCUGACCGCAAGAAGUUCCAGACACGCGUCCACCGGAAGACGCUCAAUCCCACGUUCAGUGAAAGCUUCCAGUUUCCUGUGCCUUACGACGAGCUGCCCGUCAGGAAGCUACACAUGAGCGUCUUUGACUUUGACAGAUUUUCCCGACAUGAUAUGAUCGGGGAAGUGGUGCUGGAGAAUUUGUUCGAGAUGUCGGACCUGUCGAGGGAGACGAACAUAUGGAGGGACAUCCAGUAUGCUACAAGUGAAAGCGUUGACCUUGGGGAGAUUAUGUUUUCACUCUGCUACCUGCCCACCGCUGGCAGACUCACACUAACCGUCAUCAAGUGCAGGAACCUCAAGGCCAUGGAUAUCACCGGGUAUUCUGAUCCCUAUGUCAAAGUAUCGCUCAUUUGUGACGGCAGACGUUUGAAAAAGAAGAAAACGAGCAUUAAAAAGAACACCCUGAAUCCCACCUACAACGAGGCCAUCAUCUUCGACAUCCCUCCAGACAGCAUGGACCACGUCAGCCUGCACAUCUCUGUGAUGGAUUAUGAUUUGGUGGGUCAUAAUGAGAUCAUUGGUGUGAUGAGGGUUGGAAGCCAUGCUGAGGGACUUGGCAGGGACCACUGGAAUGAAAUGCUGGCUUAUCCACGGAAGCCUAUUGCACACUGGCAUCCCCUUGUGGAGUCCAAGAAAUCUGAGAAGGAGUGGAAGGCGAGAACUGCCAGCUUUGACAGCCAGGGCUCCUGCCCCUCACCGAGGCCCCCUGCUAGUCCCUGAGAUGAGCUACCUGUGACCCAACAGCCCAGAAGGGGCUUCCUCCCUCCUCUUGAUCCACUUCCUGUCUAUGUGGUUGAGGAGAAACACAAUCCCACUGUCUCUCCCUUCUCCCGCUCUCUCUAUUUCUCACUCCCAAGCUCUUCACUUCCUCAAAUCUAGUCCCAGAGCACUCCCAAGUACUGAACUAGGACUGUCUGUCUGUCAGCUAAGAGAAGCUCAAACUUUUCUCAACGUGGCUGGUGUGAUGGCCUGAAGCUAGCAUUGUUUUCUAGGAGAUUGGCUGGAAAUCCUGUCUGCAGACAUUGAUUGUUGAUUUGUCCAAGCUUAGGUAAAUCGAGCUUGUUGGUAUCACUAUGGACCUGGACAAACAGAGGUUUUAACUAUGAGCCAUGGAGUCUCUUUGAAGGAAAAAGCCCUGUUGGAUAUCACUCCAUGAAAGCAGCAGAUGUCUCACAAAGGGAAGCUGAGCACAUGCAUCGCAAAGAAAGGAAAAAAAGAGAUGAUUUUAAAAACAAGCUGUUUUAGAAGUCUAUGGCUCACUCAUGUUUAUUUUUGCAGUCCUGAAUUAACAUAUAUUAUUCCUUUUUUAAAUUAUUUAUAUAUAUACAUAUAAUUAGCUUUAAAAUGUAUUUAGUUUAAAAUACUAUCUAUUUCAUUAAAACUUAAGAUGUCUGUUUUAUUUAUGAGAGGAAGGGCCAGGCUGAAACCUCAAGUAUCUUUUCAGUGUAGCUUUCAAAAUCUGAAAAGAAAAACGAAACAAGGCAACAGAAAUUCAGAGUUGAGCAACUUGGUUUCCACUGCAGUUUGAAAGUUCAGGGAACUUACAAACGCCACGAAGGCACAGGAGUCUGACACUGUUAAAAAUAACUAUUAAAAUGCUGUGUGUUAGAAGAAGUGAAGCUGUUAAUGAAGAGAGGUGCAAAGAUCUCCAUCAACAGGGACUUUGAAGCACACUUUUAACACCGGAACCUUUUUAUCACCUUGGUGUUCAGUUUCUUCCAAAACAAAACAGAAAUGCUUGAUUUUCUUCCAAAAUACACUACAAACAAGCACUUUUGUCUCCUUGUUAGGUUUAUUUUUGUUACUUAUUUUGGUGGAUGUAAAUAUAUUUAUGUACAGGUGCUCUGCUGUUUGUUUUCCUUUUCUAAAUUAAAAAAAUAUAAACUGAGAACAUAAGUAGAAUUUAAAAAAAAAAUAUUUUGAGGUUUUGUGAUAUUUUUUGUGGUUUGUGAUCAUGAUUAAAGAAACAAAAGAUAAAAAUAAAGUGAUAAUAUUCCCUUUUUUCUUUUUCAAAUGCCACAUUUUUCUGUUUAUUUUUUCGCUAAAUAAUAAAUUUGCUCUAUGUAGGUGAAUUAGCAGUAAAUUAUAUAUAGUAUGCUUUAGAGAACAAAAUUCAGUUAUACCAAACCAAAUAGAGUGGAACUUUUCUGCUUUUCUUUUAUCCUAGCUAGCAACAGUAGCUAAUGAGAUUAUCAACAUUAGCUCUUGUCGUUUGGUGUUUUGGAAAGAGCUCUAUAUUGUUACUAUUAUAUGAAAUUGGGAACUUUUUUGAACUCUAAAGGGUAAGCAAGUAUGUUUUUGUUUAACCGUUUCACAUUGAUGUUUCUGUCUUCCUUGUUUGGCAUUAAAACUUUCUGUAAACAUUUCUAUUUCUGCUAGUGUUAAUGUACUUACAGUAGCCUGCAAAAUCUGUUAUGUGAUGUAGGUCUCUCCCCAAUUUGAGUCACAUUUAAGGUUUCACUAUCUAAUAGAAGUUGCACAUAUCCCAGUUGCCUGAUAAGAAAAUAAUCUUAAAUCUUCACAACAUGAAAACAAUAUGGCCGAUCUUUCCAGUAAAAACAAUUACUGUUCAGGGGUUUUUUUAAAGUUACAUUUCCAAAACAGUGAAAGAUAUUUCAAUAAUACUCUUCAUAUGAUUUUAAGCCUCUCUAAAAAGAUUUCAUACAAUUAAUUGAGUUUUUCCCAGCUUUCCCCAUUGAUGAAUUCUUUUGAAUCCAGCAAUUGACCAAAGGUAUAGCAGAAAGCAUAAUUCUUACUUUUGUGUUUUUAAUAAAAGUAACUGUACACAUUUUUACUUAUUUGACAGAUUGUUUUGUUCUGUCUUUCCAUCUAGAAGACAUAUGCAUUUGCUUUAAAUACUUAUCAUAUAAAAUGUUAUGUAUUGAAAGUACUGUUUUUAAAUUUAAAAAAUUGAAAAAAUACAGGUAUAACUACAUUAUAUCCCAAAAUAACUACUACAACUUGUAGAUUUGCAACUUUUAGAGAUGAACAGCAAAAUACAUUGUUUAUUCACAUCUGUAGAAAAGUUUUCAAAAUCUAUUUAGAAUAGAAAGAGUAGCAUAAAGUGUGGUUGUAGCUCACCUUCUUCAUGUUAGUGACUCACAUCGGGCAGCGACUCAUAUCGGAAAAUCACAGUCUUCACUUUCAUUUUUAGAUUCUGCAUACAACCAUCUGCCGCAGCGUCUGCUCACUAUGUAAUUUGAUUUAUUGUUAUUGCGACGGAGUCUUUUGUUAGCAAACAUAAAAGGCAGUGAAUUCUAAAAACAUUACAAUUGUAAGAUAAAAGCACAUUUAUCUUGUAUUUGUAUCAGUUUAUGAUUGUUUCAUGUUGUAAUACUGAAAUUAUUAUUGUAAAUGAUCAUGACAUUGUGAGAUUUUCUGUUUUGUGUUCUCAGACAUUGUUUAAAAAAAAAAAAUCAUAAACAUGUUUGUUUUUACCAAAACAUGUUAUUCAGGUCCAAUUUCCGGUAGCGUCCCGAUUCAGUUUGUUUGAGUUUCAGUUUGAGCCUCCAGAUGCAGUAAUUGAUGUCAAGCUCCUUAUUAACACAUCUGGAACACAAUAUGAGAAGCUGCAAUCUGGAGAUGAUACCUGGCAGGACAGCAGCUUAACAUCAAUCACAGAUUACAGUUUGUACAGAUGCAUUUUACUUUGUGCCACAGAGUAUGUCAUGGGAAAAUCGGAGGCAGACAUGAAUACACAAGCAGAUGGAUUCAGCAGACCCAGAAAAGUCUGUUUUAGACAUUUCCGUAGCGGAUAAAUUUACCUGUAGCAAGUCGUUUGGCACCUUGGUGUUAAACCGAAAGCCUAAGAUGACAGAGCGGGGGAAGCUGUUGGGCGGACAGGUCAGCAUCAACAAAACGGUGGCAUUUCUCCAAUUGGCACUUGUUCGAGCAAGAACGAGUCGGUGCAUUGUUCAUGCUUGACGUAUUCUACCAUAGCAUCAACACGCUGCUGUAAUUCAGUUAUUUGAAUGUUGAAGUUCUUCUUUAGACUAAUGGCAUUAUCAGAUUUCUACUAUCUAAACAAGUGAGUGAAUUAUUGUGUUGUUUCUGCUCCUUUUUAAAAAAAAAACAGAACAAUGUAUUUUAUGAUGGUCAUAUUUCUCUGAUGUGAUGUGUUUUCAUCGUCGGUGGAACCUGUUUGGUCAAUUGCCUCAGUUUAUGGACUGUUUUAAGACCUUCUAGCUUUGCCUAAUAUUGUACUGUUUGUUGAUAUGAUCUUGUAAUCCUUUCCAAAUGUUAAAAUAGCUCUAAGGUUUAAAUUUUUUAUGAAACAUUUUGUAUUUGUAAUAAUAGAGAUGUUGGUUAAGACAAAUGGGUUCUAGAUAAAUUCAGUGAUCCAGUAUGUAAUAAAGUCAAACUGAAAUACAAGGAAAUGAAACCAGUUUUCAUUUCUCAAAAAAAAACUCGAUUAUCAGGAAAAUAGCUUGAUAUGCUUUUUCCCAUGG